AUGAGGAAUAUUGUACGCAUAAUGUUUAUGUGUGUAUUGCAUACGCUGUUUAAAACUCACGCUGCUUCCAGGGUUUCAUUGAACAAACGUAAUGGCUCUGAUUAUGAAGUAUUGUUGGCGGUAAAUGAGCCGAUUGCACCAAAUUGUUCUCAACCAAUUUGUACUGGUCCACUAUCGCAAAUUUAUUGUUCUGGUAGACUAAUUCAUAUUGCUUGGAUAUUCGGAACUCAAGGAACAUGUCCCGGCGAUAUGAUGCUUCGACCUUCAAAAUCAAUAUUAGAAGAAUUUGAUAACCUCACUUACCCACUGAAGCGUGAACGGUUUCAAAAAUUUUGUGAAGACAACUUUGCUAUGGUAAAUUAUUUGAAACAGGCAACUUUAAUAGAUUGGGUUGAAGAACCUGAAAACAUUAAGCAACUACGGAAUCCAUCUCUAAAAAGUUUUGCACUGAAACUAAAUGCGUUAUGGAAAUCGUUUGCUCGAGAGUUUGUGGAACAAGUCCAUCGAAGUCCUGAUUUGUUUCCUGUUUUACCCGUUUCAAAUGCUUUUAUUGUACCUGGUGAUUCAUUUCAAUUAUAUUAUUAUUGGGAUUCUUACUGGAUCAAUAAAGAAAUCAACUUUUCAGGGUUGUUAUUUUCAAACAUGACUGAGACCGUCCGCCAUACUCUUGAGAAUUUGGCAAGUAUUGUGAAGUUUCAUGGAUUUAUUCCUAAUUCGGGUAAUGUGCAACUGUCACGAAGAAGUGAUCCUCCAUUGUUUACCCAGAUGGUAGCUGAUUAUUAUAGUGCUACUGCUAAUAAAACUUUUUUGAAAGAGGUGGCACCAUGGUUGGACCAGGAAAUGCUGUGGUGGAAAGCGAAUCGAACAGUUGAUGUUAAACUGGCUGGUCAUACUUACCAACUAUAUCAGUACAGAGCACUCUCCAAUUGUCCUCGUCCAGAAAACUACUUGGUUGAUCUAAAUAAUGGAUUAAAUGGGGCUGGAAAUCCCGAAUUUAUUUGGUCCUCGAUUGCCAGUGCUUGUGAAUCAGGAUUCGAUUUCAGCACCAGGUGGUUUGCUCAUCAUGGAAAACAUUCCGGUACAAAGUUUUCGAUUCGAACCAACAACAUUGUUCCUGUUGAUCUCAACGUAUAUAUGGCUUGGAAUUUUAUUACUCUUGCUAAUUUUUUUGAAAUACUUGAAAAACCAAGAAAAGCAGCUAAAUAUCGUAAUCAAUACAAGAAAUUGCACGAAGCACUGGAUGCAGUUUUUUGGAGUGAUAGCGAUGGCACAUGGUUUGAUUUUGAUGUGGUAGAAGGAACAUUAAGAAGAAACUUUUACAUCUCAAAUAUUUUCCCACUUUUACUUGGUGAUUAUGGUACAAAUACAACUCAGAAUGUGCUUAAUUACUUGAAGAGAAGUGGAGUACUCAAAUUUAAAGGAGGCAUUCCAGUUAGUUUAAGUAAUGAGUCACAUGAGCAAUGGGAUUACCCAAACGGAUGGCCACCCUUAAUACAUAUGUUUGUGGAAAGUUUGCGGUCAUCAAGAAAUGAAAAACUUGUUAAAAUAGCUGAAAACGUAGCUCGGAAAUUUAUUCGCACUGUUUACAAUGGAAUGAUUAACCCAUUGGAAGGCAUUCCAGCAGCAUGCUGGGAAAAGUAUGAUGUUCGGUAUGACGACGGCAGGCCUGGUUCAGGCGGUGAAUAUCCUGUGCAACGAGGUUUUGGUUGGACAAAUGGUGCAGUGCUUGAUCUAAUCUACAAAUAUGAAGUUUCUUAUCGGACUUUAGCUCCUGAAAGUUAG